AUGCAAGAAAUAUAUGAAUUACGCACAAGACUGAAGACCUGUCCUUUCUCUGAAGAUUUAAUAUUUAAAGUGGUUGGCGAGAAUGCAAAUAUUGUAAAAGAACUUUACAAAGAAUUCGCAUCUCUGCAUUGCCCGCGAGUUAAGAGGGUUUUAUUUAAAGAGACGAACGAGUUAAAGGAGCGGAUAUUGCGUUUAGAGUCCUCAGAAGCAGUUGCAAUAUUAUUAAAGUUUCGCGAGUUUACAAAAUCUAUUCUAUGUACAAAUUUCUAUAUGCCGUUCAAACAAGGUUUCGCGUUUCGUAUACGAGGAUCAACCCUGCCUUCUUCUGACUUUCCGUCAACUCCUUGUCCGAUCUUCUUUCAAAUCGGAGGGCUUGCAGUAGGUCUUCAUAUUCGUUUUGCUGAGGUCUCUAGAGGCGGUGUACGCUUAGUUUUCUCUGUUGGUACUGCUGCUCAUGAAACCAAUCGUCGCUCUCUUCUUGAUGAAGCAUAUAAACUUGCAUUCACUCAGCAGUUCAAAAAUAAAGAUAUUUCUGAAGGAGGUUCUAAAGGUAUUAUUCUUCUUAAUAAAACACAAACUCUCGCAGAAGCUAAACGACAAGCACCCCUCGCAUUCAAAGCAUAUAUCGACAAUAUGCUGGAUUUGUUGUUGCCUCACCACGAUGUCGAUGAUGGUUUGGGCAUUUCCGAAGUUUGGUUCUUGGGGCCGGACGAAAAUACAGGGACUGGAGGUCUAUUAGACUGGGCCGCUCAAAGAGCUAAAGAAAGAGGGUCGGUGUGGUGGAAGGCCUUCACCACCGGCAAAUUAAUUCAACACGGAGGCAUCCCGCACGACCGAUUUGGGAUGACCACAGCCAGCGUUGAAGCUUAUGUUAAAGGCAUAUACAAUAAGUUGGGUUUGAAAGAAGAAGAAAUGACGAGAAUUCAAACGGGAGGCCCCGAUGGAGAUUUGGGCUGCAACGCGCUGCUGCAAACAAAGUCAAAAACAAUUGCUGUUGUAGACGGAUCGGGUGUUCUCUAUGACCCAAACGGCUUAGACGUCGGAGAGCUUCACCGUUUGUGCAGUUUGCGUUUUGAAGGAAAGCCGACGAAUGCAAUGUUAUACGACUCUUCUUUGUUAUCGCCUCUGGGCUUCAAAGUAGACCAGGAAGCUAGAGACAUUAC